AAGAACACCAUAAAUUGCAAAUUGUUCGCAAAAAGAGCAGUCUCGCCCAACAUGGAACAACUCACCCAAACGGAGAUGAACAGACUGAAAUCCUUGGAAGAUGGAGGCUGCUUUCCAACCGCGACGACCACCAAGCCACUGAUACAAAGGGUUACGCACCUACUACUACAAGACAAUGAGGAUUUCGAACGGUACUUCAAACCAAUUUCUGUUGCACUCGGUCCCCUCCACCAUGACAAUAGUCCUGAUUCAAAACUCCAAAGAGGUGAGAAGAGCAAGCUACAAAUGGCGACAAAGUUCAUCGAGUAUAGUGGGACGGCCAAGGAAGCCUUCUACAUAAUAGUCAAGGCGGAGAUCAAUAGCUUGAGGGAGUGCUAUGACAGCAAGCAGAUAGAAACAUGGAGUGAUGAGGACUUGGCCUGGAUGUUUCUUGUGGAUGGCUGCGCGGUGUUGUUCCUCAUAGACCAUGUUGCUACUGAAAAUCUGAAGGAACUUGGAUGUAAGGAUGAUCUGCUCGCAUAUGUGAAGAUAGAUUUGUUGUUGCUUGAGAACCAACUGCCGUACCGACUCCUUCAGAUAUUGAUGCGCUUUUGCGCUGGAGUUCCUCGUCCUAAUCCCCUGGAUAAAAAAUAUAAAAAUAAAUCUGCUGCCGAGGUAUUGAAGGAGUCCAUCGACAACUUCAUCAAUAAGAAUGCCAUGAGUCUAGUUGAGCAGAAGCAGAAAAAACAGCAAACAACAGCAGCAGCAACAACAACAGCAAUAAUGAUUGAUAGUCAACGAGAACCUGCUCAUCUUCUGGAACUAUUGUGGAGAAGACUGACCCAGCAGCAGCAGCAGCAACAACAGCAAACAGCAGCAGCAGCAACAACAACAGCAAUAACGAUUGAUACUCAACGAGAACCUGCUCAUCUUCUGAAACUAUUGUCGAGAAGACUGACCAAAUCAGAGAAGGAUAAGGAACCAGAUGGAACCAUAAGUAAGCUCCUGAAAAAGUUGCGCCCUUCUGGUGAUAAGGGAUCAGAUGUAACCAUAAGCAAGUGUAUUUCUUCUAACAGCAAUUCUGGUGAUAAGAACAGUCAUUGGAGGCCCAAAUUUCGAAGCGUAAAGGAGUUGAAAGAAAAGGGCAUUUGGCUUAAAGUUAGCAAGUCAGGCAGAAUCAAGGACAUUGAUUUCCGAGGAUAUUUCUUAGGGGCAGCCCUAAAGCUGCCUCCCAUCACCGUGGACCCCUUCACUUGGCCCAAGUUGAUGAACUUGAUAGCGUACGAGAUGUGUCCAGAUUUCGAAAACAACUUCGAGAUCACCUCCUAUGUGUCCUUCCUUGACUCCUUGAUUGAUCAAAGGGAGGAUGUGAAGAUAAUGAGAGACGCCGGCGUGCUGUACAACGAACUAGGAAGCGACAAAGCCGUAGCAUUGCUGUUCAACAAGAUCAGCAACCUGGUGCCAAAGCCUAGGCUGCAGAACCCCAAUUUGAGAGAUUGUAUGAUUCGUAUCCAAGCACAUUGCGACAGCGCAUUUGCCAACUACGUGGCUCAACUCUAUCACACCUAUUUCAAGAGCCCCUGGAGCAUGUUGGCCUUCUUCGGUGCCCUUCUGGGUCUUGCUUUGACAGCUAUCCAGACUUAUGAGGGGUUCUGACAGAAUCCACCUCCGCUGGGUCCAUUCUACCCCAAGUAUGAUAAUACUACUACUACUACUACAAUGUGUGUUUCCUUUUAGCUGCCAAAAGAGUAAAUGCAUAUGCUAGUGUGGUUUUAGGCUUUAGGUUUCCACAGUACCGAAUAUUAAAACAAUAUAGAAAGAAUAAUAACAUUCCUGGAAUUCCAAAUCCAAAGAUCUUCCCCCGAAGAAUGGUUUUGGAAUUAGGCUCUGUUUGGCUAAUACUUUAGGCCUCUGGCUAUGAUCAUCUUGGCAACGUCUCUAGUGUAUUGUUGGCUUGUAAAGUGUAAGAGAUGAAGAUGAACCAUUGACCUCUUCAGUAUAUCCAUUUCGUUUCACGCUCUUUAUGGUUUGAUUUCUGAUUUGUGGAAAAUUAGAGGAUUUUUACAGUAUAAACCAACAAGAAGUCA